GUGUCCCAGGAUUCUGUAGCCCAACCGCAUCCGCUCCUGGGAGUUGCACCGGGGAGCUUCUUUCUUCCUCACAAGGGUUUUAAAAAGGUGGCUUCAGCUCUGUGCAGAAGGGUUGGCCUUGACAAAGGGUGUGUGUGGCAGAAACCUAGAGAGUGAGCUGGCAUCAUGACCACCAUGGAAGAACAGGAUCUGAGCGAAUAUUUCCGCAUGCAGUAUGGACAGAAGUUGCUGAAACUGUUGAUGAAAUUCCCUGUAUCAGAGGAACAGUCUCCAUCUCCUUCCAUUCGGCUCCUAGAAAAGAAAAAAGAAGCCAAAUUGGUACAUCAGGCCAUGGAGGCGCAAAAGGAGGCCUUUAAGACAAGGAUGGAGUCAUUGAACAACCGAUGGGAGGAACUUGGAGCAAAAGAGAUUCAGCUGAAAGCAUAUAUUCGGAAAUUUGAACAAUUCAUACAGGAAAAUGACCAGAAACGAAUCAGAGCCUUGAAAAAAGCCAACAAGGAACGAGAACUGAAGAAACAGCGAGUGAAAGAAUUGGCCAAGGCUAAGCUGGAGAUGGCAACUCUCAAACAACAGCAUCAGAAGCUCUACAACAAGCUACAGCAGUAUUCAAUCUUCAACAAAUACCUGGAGAAGGUGGUUGAGGUCUCAGAGUUUGAGGAGAUCCGGGAGGUCAUUGGACGCUACAGGACUCUCAUAGGCAUGCACCGGGAUCUUGUGCAGUCAGCCCAAGAAGGGCUGGAGAUGAUUGAACAAGCCAAAGUCCGCCUGGCCCGCUACAAGGAGGAAAAAGAUGAUGAGAUUCUGCAACACAACAAUGAGCUAGCACGCUUGCAGCUGCGCUUUGACCAUGCCCGCAGUGAUGUCAUUCUUUGGGAAUCCCGCUGGGCCCAUAUCCAAAAUACUGCUGCUCAAAAAACCCUAAAGUUGGGUACCAUCAAAAUGGCCACCUUGAACCUCUUCCAGAGUGUAAACAAGCAGAUGAAAGAAACUUUAAGUGUGCCUGUGGAGGAUACCCAUAAGCAGCUGGAUAUGAUCCAGCAGUUUAUCCAAGACCUGUCAGAUAUCUGGACAGAAGUAAAGAAGAAGGAUCAAAACCGAUCUCAAACUUGAGUGCCUAGUAAGGACUAGGAAGAGAAAGGGCUAUUUCAUGUCUCCACCACAUCUAAACUUGAUUUAAACUGAUUAUAUUUGUUUGAUCUUUCAUGAACCAGACGUCACUUCACUGAAUAGUGAUUCACUCCUUCCCCAUUCCUAAUUUUUCUGCCCUUGGAAACUAAACAUAGUCAAUAUGAUAUAAAGAGUUCUAUUUUAGCAUUG